CCUCAGGUGUGCCCUCACCAUGGCUCGCUGGGGGAUCCUGUGCUUGGCCUUGUGCUCCUCCCUUGGGGUGACCUGGGCUGCGACCCUGGGUGUGGUGUACACCGAGGGCGGUUUUGUGGAAGGCGAGAGUAAGAAACUGGGACUGUUUGGGAGCUACGUCGACAUCUUCAAAGGGAUUCCCUUUGCUGCCCCUCCAAAGAUUCUGCAAGACCCUGAACCUCAUCCUGGCUGGGAUGGAACACUGAAGGCAAAAUCAUUCAAGGAUCGGUGCAUGCAGAUGACGCUCACCCAGACUGAUGUCAAUGGGAUAGAGGACUGUCUCUACCUGAACAUGUGGAUCCCUCAAGCCAGGAAACAGGUCUCUACCAACCUGCCUGUGAUGGUCUUCAUCUAUGGUGGUGCCUUCCUGGUGGGAGGGAGCCAGGGAGCCAAUUUCCUGGAUAACUACCUGUACGAUGGCGAGGAGAUCGCCGUGCGGGGCAACGUCAUCGUGGUCACCAUCAACUAUCGCCUGGGGCCCCUGGGCUUCCUGAGCACAGGAGAUGAAAACAUGCCAGGGAACUACGGGCUGAAGGACCAGCACAUGGCUAUUGCCUGGGUGAAGAGGAACAUCAAGGCCUUUGGGGGUGACCCAGAAAACAUCACCAUCUUUGGGGAAUCGGCCGGUGCCGUCAGUGUCUCCCUGCAGCUUGGAGAAAAGCUGGGCUGCUCCACAGACAACACCACCAUCUUGGCCAGCUGCCUGCGUGCCGCUGAUCCCAAAAAACUGACUCUGGCCUACCACCUGCAGCUGACCAACCUGCCCACUGCCCUGGUGCACACCCUGGCCCUGACUCCUGUGGUUGAUGGAGAUUUCCUCCCAGACAUGCCAGAGAAUCUCUUUGCCAACGCUGCCGACAUUGACUACCUGGUUGGGGUCAAUGACAUGGACGGGCACAUCUUCGCCGGCAUAGAUUUACCUGACAUUAAUGCCCCACUGAGGAAAGUCACUGCUGAUCCCAACAAGGGGAAUUCAGAUGUGCCUGUUUCCUGGCCAGCCUACAGCAGCAAGGGCACUUACUACCUGGAAAUCAACAACAAUAUAAACAAGAACUCUGUGAAGCAGGACCUGAGAUCCCGGUUUGUAACCUUCUGGAACUCGGUCUAUCGGAGCCUGCCCCAGGUUGCCAACAUCACCCAGUCAGGGUUGAUGUUCUGA